GAUAGGAUCAGUCUGCAUUCUGACACUCAUCGGCUCAGGCAGACAGAGAAAGAGUUGCAGAGAAUCAGAAGCCAAUGCUCAGUUAAUUGACAAUGUUAUUAUUGGAAUGCCUUGUUUUGCUUACAGCCGCCUUAUGCUGUUCUACAUCACCACCAGGUCAUUGUGGGAUCCCAGAACGGUCUCAAGAACUAGAGUUACAAGGCGAAUGGCCAGAUGAAUCUUACCCCCCUGGUAAAUUAGCAGUUUUCAAUUGCCGGCCUGGUUAUAGCCGCCUUGGCGCUAUUAAAAAGGUUUGUUCAGAAGGCAAAUGGAUAUCGACAUCAAGUGGAAAAUGCAGAAAGAAACCAUGUGGUCAUCCAGAAGAUAUCCCCUUUGGCUUCUUUGAGUUGAAGGAGGGGGAUGAGUUUGUGUUUGGUGCUGUUGUUGAGUAUUUCUGUGAUGAAGGUUAUCAGAUGGUAAGCAAACAGAAAACUAGAGAAUGCACUGCAAAUGGCUGGAGUAAUUUCCCCCCUCAUUGUGAAGCUCGAAAAUGCCCACCCGUGGUGCCUGCUGAAGGCGUUAAUGUUAUAUCAUCUUCUUAUGAUGAAGAGUUUUCUAUGGGUCAGGUAGUACGAUUUGAAUGUAAGAAUCCCAGACUUAAACUGGAGGGGCCUUCGGAGGUUUUCUGCACAUCAGAGGGAGAGUGGAAUGAACAACCACCCAUAUGUAAAGAAGCAAGUUGCAAUGUGCCAGAGAUCCCUAAUGGCUCAGUAGACAAUCCAAUACCAAUCUACAAAGAGAAUGAAAAAUUAUCAUAUAAAUGUGAUGAGAAAUACAAAGUGUACCAGCGUUCUGAAGCAACGUGUACUAAGAAUGGUUGGAGCCCCGAGCCUGCAUGUACAGAAAUCAUCUGCUAUCCUGAAUAUGUGGCAAAUGGUAAACUUGAAAAGACUAAGGAUAUAUACAGAGAUGGAGAAAUCAUUGACUUGAAGUGUGAUUAUGGAUUCCAAAUUGAGCAUAAACCAGACGAACCACGGGUAUGCACUGCUACUGGCUGGUCUCCUCCUCCGAAGUGCAUCAGUAAAAAAUGUAACAAGCCCAACAUUGAAAAUGGACAUCUUUAUUACAAUUGGGUUCCAAAAUCACUGGGUAAUUACAUCGUCUAUUAUUGUAACAGCGGAUAUUUGCCACCAUCCAAAGAUGAUUAUGGCAGAUCUCUUUGUUCUGAAAAUGGUUGGAAUCCCCCACCAAGGUGUCUAAAAACCUGUAGUCAUCAGGAAGCUUCAGUUGAAAAUGCAUAUCUUGAGAAUCCUGAACGCAUUUAUCUGAGUGGUGACAAAGUGAAAUUCACUUGUUACAAUGGCUAUUCAACUCCAAAUGGUAGAGAAAAUGGAGAAAAAGAAUGUCUUCCUAAUGGGAGGUUUACUCAAGCAAAAUGUUCCAAGACCUGUGAAAUGAGACAAUUACUUAAUGGAAAAUACAGCCCGAAUAAAAGUGUAUUUGAUGUUGGAGAGUAUAUCCGUUUUGAAUGUAAUGAAGGAUUUAUGAUUAAAACCAGAAAAAUCAUUGAAAAUGCUCAAUGUCUUUACAGGGGCUGGUCAGUAAUUCCAGAAUGCAUUGAAAUCACAUGUACAGUACAAAACAGUCAGUUGAUAUCUGAGAAAAGGCAAUAUAAAUAUGGAGAUGUUGUACAGUUUUCUUGUCCACGUGGCUACAAAAUCAUAGGAUCAGACAAGAGUCAGUGUUUUCAUUAUGGAUGGGGACCAUCGCUGCCAACGUGUGAAGUAACUAGAUGUACAGUCCAAAACUGGCAAUUGAAAUCUCAGAAAAGGAGUUAUAAUUUUGGUGAUAUUGCUCAAUUUUCUUGUCCACCUGGCACCAAAUUAAUAGGAUCAGAAAGGAGUCGAUGUGAUCACAAAGGAUGGGAACCAUCCCUGCCAACAUGUGAAACUACGAAGUGCCAGCUGCAAUUAGAUAGUAAAACUUCUAAAGUUCCCAAGAAGAAGGAAUAUAAAGUAGGCGAGAAAGUCAAAGUUUCUUGUAAAAAAAACUUCAUACUAGUUGGAUCAAGUGAAAUAACAUGUCACGCACAUGGUUGGGAACCAGAAGUACCCAGUUGUAAAGCUAAAACCUCUGAUGAACCUACUGAUGAUACAGAAGGGAUAAUUCAACCAGCUACAAAGUGCCAGCUGCAAUUAGAUAGUACAGCUUCCAAAGAUCCCAAGAAGAAGGAAUAUGAAGUAGGCGAGAAAGUCAAAGUUUCUUGUAAAAAAAACUUCAUACUAGUUGGAUCAAGUGAAAUAACAUGUCACGCACAUGGCUGGGAACCAGAAGUACCCAGUUGUAAAGCUAAAACCUCUGAUGAACCUACUGACGAUACAGAAGGGAUAAUUCAACCAGCUGAAUCCGAAGAACCAUCUACUGGUGAUAAAGAAGCAAGACUGAAAUGUCCACCUGCAUCUAGUCCGCCAAAUGCUGAAAUAGUAGAAGUAAAGAAUGAAUAUUAUGAUGGUGAUACAAUUGAGAUAAGAUGUGUGCAUGGAUUUACACUUUAUGGACCUGCAGUAAUCCAUUGUCAAAAUGGAAAAUGGAAUUCAUUUGCACAGUGCAUUCAACUACACAAAUGUGAAAAACCACCUUCUAUAACUGAUGGUGAGAUAAUUGAAGAAACCAAGAGCAGAGAUUAUUUUACAGGCCACAUUGUGAAAUACAGAUGCAACCGUGGUUUCCACAUUAUUGGGUCAGUGGAAAGCCAAUGUACGGAAGGAAAGUGGUUGUCUCCUCCUGAAUGUAUCGGUGAUUCAUGUGAAAAGCCUCCACCUGUUGCAAAUGGGGCUGCGUUAUCGAGAAAAGUAAGAUAUGAACAUGGUGACAGCAUAGAAUAUGUCUGCCACAAAGGCUUCAAGAAAACAGAUAACACACCAUCUAAGUGUUUAGAAGGGAAGUGGUGGAACAUCCCUACUUGUGUAUCAACCACAUGCGAUUCACCGCCAAGUAUUGACAAUGGGCAUCUGAAAUAUCCUGUAAAGAAUGAGUAUCAAUCUGGUGAAAAGGUGCACUAUGAAUGCAGAAGUGGUUAUGCGUUCCAGAACAACAAGGAUGAAGCCAUUUGUGAGGAAAGAGAAUGGAAGUCUAUACCAGUGUGCAGGAGAAAAGGAGAACGCUGUAUCAAACCACCUACUGUUAAGUUUGGUGAUUACCUUGGAGAAAGAAGGAAUUAUUAUGAAUCGGGCUCUUACGUGGAGUAUAAGUGUCCAGAUUUUUAUAAAAUGCAAGGAAAUAAAUUUGUGAGAUGCCAGGAUGGAGUAUGGGGCGAGCCACCAACUUGUCUAGAGCCUUGUACAGCAAAAGAGAUUGAAAUGAAGCAAAAUAACAUCGUACUUAGAUGGGAAGCUGCUUCUAAACUCUAUAGUGAACAUGGAGACAAUAUUGAAUUCGCCUGUAUUCAUGAACAUGAAAUAGCUAAUAAAACAGAACUAAGAACAAAGUGUAAUCAAGGCGUAAUCCCGUAUCCUAAGUGUGUCAAGACUGGCUCUUGUUACCUAUCACAAUCAGAAAUGAAGACCAGAAAUGUGUAUUUGAACAAAACUAAGGAAAUCCUACCUGGAGAAACAGUUACUUUUGAGUGUUAUGAAGGAAUGGUCCCAGAAACCAGCCUGUCAGCAACAUGUGUUAACAGAAAACUUAACUACCCAAAAUGUGUGAUUUCAAAAAAAUGUACAUCUGUUCCUGAAAUUCUGAAUGGGAAGAUUAGGAAUGGACUACAAGACAGCUAUGAGUCAGGCUCAUCUGUUGAAUUUGAAUGUAAUGAGAAUUAUAUGCUCUCAGGGUCUAUAAAUGUUAAAUGUGAAAAUGGUAUCUGGGUUGACCUUCCGCGAUGUCUUAGACCAUGCAAAAUUUUGAAAAAAGACCUUAAUGAAAAAAAUAUUGCACUGCAGUCAUCAGAUGAUCUGGAUAAGAUUUAUAAAGAUGGUGAGGAGGUUGAGAUUAAGUGCAAUUCAGGAUUCCGAAAUCCAAAUCCAUCAUCUUCUCUAAAAGGGGAAUGCAGUGAUGGUACAAUGAAAUACCAAAGGUGUUUCUCAGGGUCAACAUGUCGGUUAAAUCAAGACCAAUUUGAUGAGUUUAAUUUGGAGCUGGAUCCUGUGCACAAUGACAUUUAUUAUGGAGAUGGUGAAGAUGUUAUAUUCAAAUGUAAGAUGGGAUUUUCUAGUACAUCAGAACUGACCCGAAAAUGUACCAAGACUCAACUGACUUAUCCACGAUGCAUACCAAGUGGUAAGUAGAAUCCUUAUAUCUCUAUGUUUUUGUUAUUUUACCAUUUUUUUCCAUCGCUAUCCUGAUAUGUUCCAUAAAAUAGAAAUUACCCUUAUCUGCCCUAUUAUCAAUGCACUUUGUGAAAGAUGCAAUUCUGUCAUAGUAAUGGCUUAUGUAAAUUGACACAUUUUAAGUAACCAUACACUGUUCUUUUCAGUUUAUUUCCUAUAUUAUGUUGUUACUAUAGUUCUAUGGUAAUUCCUAUAAGAAAAUAGAGUUUCACACUUUAGGUUGUUUAUAUGAUUUAUUAACACUCAAUUUACAUUGUUUUGUUGUAAGUGAAAGGACAACACCAACAAUAUAAACUUUUAACAAAAUGUGUCAAGCAGACAUGGUAGAUUUACUGGCACCAAUCAGACCAUGGGCCAAGUCCAGCCUUGUGGCCCUAUAUUAUAGUGGCUAAUACCAAAUUUAGCUGACUGUGUGUUCAAUGUGCACUGGCCAGUUGUGUCCAAAA